AUGACCCCAUGCACUCCAGCUUUACUCUUCAUCGCUGCGCUGUUCAGCUCAGUUGGAUGUCAAUUCGUCAGCGUAGCAGAUGAGUCGUGUCCCAAUGGCUGCUCCGGGAAUGGAAUUUGCGAUAAGCAACUAACCUGCCAUUGCUACGACGGCUUUUUCGGAUACGACUGCUCGCUCGAGUAUUGCCCCGUAGGCAAGAGCUGGGGAGUCAUCAGAGGAACUGACGAUGCUCACAGACCAGAGGAGUGCUCCGGACGUGGAAUUUGCCUGUACUCUAGCGGUUCAUGCAGCUGCCAGUCUGGAUUCACUGGACCUGCCUGCCAAUUCACUCAAUGUCUCGAUUCUUGUUCCAAUCACGGCAAAUGCAUCUCCAUGAAAACAUUGUCGGAGAAUGAAGUGGUUGCUCGAGAACUGUACGAUCGAGAGGCGUAUGUGUACAAUCAGAUUUGGGACUUUGAUGUGAUUCACGGCUGUCAAUGCGACGUUGGAUUCCAUGGCCCCAGUUGCUCUCUAAAGAAUUGUCCUGUUGGCGAUGACCCGCUCACGACGGGACAAGCGAAUGAGAUGCAGCUAAUCCAAUGUCUGACAACAUACCAGAAGCAAACAGUCGUAUUGCAAAUGGACGCUCCGCUCACGAAAGGCAAAUUCAUUUUGAGAUUCGGCAAGCAGUACACUCGUCCAAUUUCAUUUAAGGCACGGGCUGAUCAGGAUUCGUUUGGGCCAUCAAUCGCUACAUCUCUGUUGGCGUUACGAGGCGUGGACGCAGUUACCGUCACCCGAGCAGACCCACUACUAACUCGGACGGAGUGGACUGUAACCUUCCCGACAACCAACAUGAAGCAGCACAAUGCCCUUGUGCCAGGCUGGAGAACGGUUGAGGUCCAGCAAUUUAUAUGUGCGGCUGACUCUGGUGUGUUCGCGGUCACCUUUGGCAACGAGACCAUUCGCAAUAUUCCUAGCAACGCAGACAGCAACACAUUUGUGGCAUUUCUUUCCAAACUCUCAUUCUAUGGUCAGAUUAGUGUUUCUCUCAUGACUCAUACUGGAGCAGCUACGAAUAAUGUUUGCACAACUGGAGGCACAUUCGUGACAAUGACCUUCUCUACACUGUGGCAUCGGAUGUUGCUAGCAGAUCUUCCACCCAUGACUUUCUCCACCUUGGACUUGAAAGGUGUUCAAACUCUGUUUCUUGGCAACGCCAAUGGAUUCGUUGACGCAGAAACUAAGGAGGUUGUCAAGGGCCAUGACUCCUGUCGUGUGACAGAAGAGCAGCAAUUCCUCUGUGGAGCUACCGGUGGCAACUUUGCUCUUACCUUUGAGGACGGCACGAAGAUCACGGGACUACCUUAUAGUAUCACCGCUGAUACACUUAAAGCCACGAUUCAGACCAAAGUGUCCUACAUUGUGGAUAUCGACGUCACGUUUGCAGACGGACAAUCCACAUUCUGCAGUGAUUUUGGUACGACCAUUAUCAUCCGCUUUGUCGUGGUGAAGGCGACCAGCGGAGACGGAGAUCUCGCCGAGAUACAAGCCGACCAGACGAAUAAUGGAGGCUCGGACGGGCUUGUACACAUUGCAAAUCGUCUGCAGUUCCCAUCGAGUUUCACCGAGACCGAAAAAGGAUCUUCAUGUGAGCCACUUGAUCAGACAUUUAGUCCGGACCCAGCACGUCAAAUGCAGACACCCGUAGAGUUAGGUGGUGGUUCGCUCACGAUAACCUUCCGGGGAGCGACAACUCGCCCAAUCCCGGCUCAAUCUACAAUGCAGCAACUGAAGGUACUUUUGCUGGAGCUUCCUACAAUUCAGGGUAUUGAUGUGAGCUUUUCCGGCUACCAAAUGUGCGAGGCACCGGCAAACCUCGCGAGACUCACGUUUACCCAGAACUUUGGAAAUCUCCCAACUAUUGUAAUCCAAGACAGCGAGAUGAGUGCCGGAUCUAGCGUUGUUGUUGCUGGCGGCGGGAACGAUAUAUCGAGUAUCGUGUCUGUGGAUGGAACAAAAGAAAGCGAAGUCUGCUCAAAUCGUGGAUACUGCGAUGAGAUCGCUCUCGGCCGCUGUAUCUGCCAUACAGGCUACACCAACAGCGACGGAAACGGCAGCAUCAGUACUUUAAAGUUCAACCGCGGUGAUUGUGGCGCAACGUCACGAAUUCCGGUCGGAUGCCCUGGAGAUCUCGCGUGUAGUGGACAUGGCACAUGCUCGGGUAGUCCGUCUUAUCGCUGCUCAUGUGCAAAAGGUUGGCGUGGCGGAGAUUGCUCUGAGAGGGCCUGUCCAGUUGGGUAUUCGUGGUUCGACUACCCGAGCGAAGACAACGUUGCACACCAGUUGCGCACCGAGUGCAGUGCCGUUGGAGAUUGUGAUCGCAGCAGUGGCAAGUGCAAGUGUCAGUCCCCGUACACCGGCGGUGCCUGCGAUCUGAUGGCUUGUGGAGGCAGUGACGUUGAGUGCAAUGGCUUUACAUAUGGAGAAGACCCGAACGACGUGGCCACAUGGGACGCUCACCGCAUUCGUUCUUGCCUCUGCGAUCCCUUCUAUUUCGGCUACGAUUGUUCCCAAAAGGAGUGCCCACGCGGUGACGGCUUCAACACCGACAACGAUGAUAUCGAGCGUCAACUGAUCCAGUGCAUCGCUGACGCGGGCAGCUUCACUCUCACGUUCCGAGACGAAACCACAAAGGACAUUCCCUACAACUCAGUAGAAGCAGAUAUAAAAUCUGCAUUGGAAGAGCUAUCCACGAUAGGUGAAGUGGAAGUCGUUUUCUCAGGUGGAACUGUGGCCUGUUCCAACAGCAUAAACAUCGUCAUCAUGGUGGACUUUUUGACCGAUCUCGGAGACCUACCGUCCCUAUCAGGAUCGAAUGCAUUGCUGCAGGACCGAAUCAACGGCACCGCGAGAGAUGGAUCUGGAAGUCUUGUGGUUGUCAUGGGUGGAGAUACACUCCUGGGCGAAACGUCUGUCAAAGGAACACGGGAGAACGCCUUGUGUUCGAACCACGGCAUCUGCGACUUCACCACGGGCAUUUGCAUAUGCCAUGCGAACUACGGUGGCAGCGACGGCAAGGGGGGACCAGGAACCAUCGCUAACUGCGGCUUCCACGAGCUCAAAUACGCACGGUAA